AAGUUACCACAUCUACAACAUAGACUAGGUGUUCUGAGGCCGCAUUCAGAACGCCUUACAGGUUCAGAGGAGGUAGCAGUGGUGAUCGGUUUCCAGUAGUGCGGGGCGAACAGAUGUAUAUCCUCAAAGGACGACUUGGGUCAGGUUCUAACUUUACUGUCGAGGUCCCCAAUACAGCCCCAGAUAGGACCGCCCUAAUUAGGGUUGUCCGCGUCACCCUUAUUGGGGCCGGCUAUUACCCCUACGUGGAGGCCUUGAAUACAACGAGGAAUAUUGCAUGACGAGCAGUGAGAUUGCAAAUUAUGACUACUGGCUUCGCGUGGCACACACUAACAUUCCAUGGACAUCUGGACAUUACUGAUACUCUUUCUUCUAUGUGCUCUGUACAGUUACCGUCAUUCGUUCCCUAAUGGGCUUUUGGAUACUUUCGUCAAGCAUUACAGAGGUAGUGAGCUGGCCAUGUCCUCUCGGAGCUGUUUUGCUUGUAAAUAUAAGCGGUUCAGACGAAAGCAUUCACCAGCACCCUGCCGGACAUCAAGUGGCCAAAGGGUUUGCAACUGAUGUCACAUCGCCCAACACCCGAAUGGACUAUGAUAGGAACAAUUAUACAUGCCCU